AGGCCGGGGGGUGCUCAAGGUGAAAUACGGGCGACCACUGUUGGUAUGGGUGUCAUGUGCGCCGGAACCGCAUUAAAGAGGCCGGUGGAGAAGGAUGCCCGGCGCCGGCGGCUGGAGGUUGCGUACGGCAACUAACGAGGAAUGGAUAGCUCGGGAGGACCAUGUAAAAGAAACGAAACAAAGGUUCAGUUUCGAGGUACGACGAAGUGAGGCGAGGAACAGGCACAGCAGGACGAUUUCUGAGAGCCAGUCUGUCUGCUAGACAGACAGCUGCAUGGAGAGACCCAGCUCAGGGCAGGA